GCCUAGAAGUGUGGGUUGGGAGUCGGGCGGGGAGAGUGGAGGGGAGGGUGGGGUGGUGGGUAUGAUGGUGGUGGAUGAGGAGGAUGAGCCGGUGUCACCCGGCACUCGGCCCUUCUUCAAGCGUCGCGGCAAUGCAGGGGGCGGCUGUGGCGGGGGCGGCUAUGUGGCAACCAGCCGCUCCUCACACUUCCUGUCCUGCGGCGCGCUGGGGGCACCGUUGGACGACCAACCGGGGGUGCCGUACACCACAACCGUCUUCCCGGCCUCCAACAUCUCCCUCAAUACCUACACCAAUGCCAACAAUGCCAACACCGGCGCAAACAGCAACAGCAACAACAACAUCGCUGGCAACACAACCGCCGCCGCAACGGGAGCAGCAGCGGCAGCAACGGCUAACGGCGGGUACCGUCGCUCGCUACCCCACCUCGCCAUCCCCGCUACCAACAGCACCGUCCUGAACCCCUCCUCCUCCUCCGCGCAACACUCGCCGGUUCAACACUCGCCCGUCGCCCACUCAUCCCCCGUCAUGCUGUCCCCCACGUCCGCCGCUGCUGCCGCCUUGCAGCAGCAGCAGCGGCCGCCCUGGAGGAACAGCUUGGGAUCGCUGUCGGCCGCGCCGCCGCUGCCGCCGCUGCAAGAGGGGCACACAGACGGCGGCUACCAUGCGAACGCUGCCAUCAGACCCCACCCCCACCAACCCCACCCCCAGCAGCAGCAGCAGCAGAAUGUAGGAAGCUCGGAGGGAGGUGGAGGCGGGGGCGGAGUCACACAUCGCACUAGCAGCAGCAGCAGCCUAGGCGGUGGAGGCGGUGAGGGUGCAGCGCCUGAGUCCCCAACUACUUCGGUGACCGGGCCGCUUGGGAUGGUGGGUGGAGCGGGGGCGGGAGGGGGAGCGGAGGGGCUGGAGCGCGGUCGCCGCAAUGGGGCAGGCGGGAGUCGGCACUUGACGGCGAAUGCGAAACGUCGCGAGCGAGUGGCGUCAUUGAGCUGCAUCUCGCUACGUCAGCAGCUGAUGCAGGAGGUGACGGAGCUGCGGCAGCAGCACCAGCACCAGCAACAACAACAACAACAACAACAGCAGUUGCGGCAGCAGUACUACCAGCAGCAGCAGCAACAGCAGUACCAUCGCGGACCCAUGGGUCACCACCACCCGCACCUCCCCCGCUUCCCCCUGGAGUAUCAGCAGCUGCAGCAACACCCGCAGGACCAGCAGCACGCCGGCCCCCAACACCCGCUGUCGCAUGUCCUUCACGAGUACGAUGCUCAGUGGUUCGGUGACCUGCAGCCCGAGCACCAUGGCAUGCACCACCAGCAGCAGCACCAGCAGCACCAGCAGCCCUUACAACCCAACCUGGGUCGGCCCCACAGCCGCGGCCACUCGAAUGGCUCGGAGCCCCACCCCCCGAUGUGGCCGCAUGCGCCUCCCCAUGUCGCGGCAGCCCUUGCAGCCGCAUCGGGUGACGUUCACCAGCCGCCGCCGCAGCAGCAGCAGCAGCAGACCCCCCACCACCAGGGGGGAGCCGCAGCCUCGCCGCCGCCCACAGCUGCAGCGGAGGGUGUUCCGACCACCCGGCUGAACGGAAGCCGCGGCGGUGGCGGCGGCGGCGGUGGCGCUGCAACGACAUCCAGUCGGCUGGGCAGCACCCUUCCGAACAACACAUUCCACGGCAGCAGUCCUGAGCCAGCAGACGUGUUCUUCAGCUCCUGGCGAAGUGCCCAUGGAGCUCCUCCUCACAAUGCCGCCGCCGCCGGCCGGUUGACGUCACCGUACACUGUCGUACGUCCAACUCCUGACGGCAGCGGCGGCGGAGCCGGCGGCGGCGGCGGCACCCCCGCUGCCGUACUCUCCAUCGGCCUCAACGGUGGCGCCUUCGUCGGGCGUCCUGUCGGCGUGCCGCCCCGGCGCGCGCCACUGGGCUUCCUGCGUCCCGUUUCGCCGUACAUUCCCUUCUCCGCCGUCGACCCGAGCUCCGACGCCGCUGUGGUGGCCCGCGGCGGCAGCCCGCCGCCCCACCCGGGUCCCCCCGGCGCCGCCGGAUCCGUCAACGUCAUCCCCAAGCUGGUCGCAAGUAACCACGGGUACCUGCAGCUGAAGCCCCGGUCGCGGCGGAGCAGUGACGCCGGCCCGAUUGGCGGCGUCGGCGGCGGCGCCGCGGGUGCGGAGGUCGUCCUGGCGGGUCGCAGCUUGAGCGCCGCCGCCGCCGCCAACCCCCAGAACCCGCCCAUUGUGUACUGCAACCCCUCGCGACCCGCCACAUUCGCUCUCGUGAAUGGCCUGGCGAGCAGCGGCGGCAUCACGGCUGCUGACGAGGAGGACCGUCCGCCGUCGACAGCAGCAGCAGCAGCGGCGGCGGGGGCGGCGGCGGGGGCGGGGGUGGCGGCGGCGGCAGCGGCGGAGAAGACCGAUGUGCACACGCACUCGCAUGCGUAUUCACACCCGUACGGGUACGGCAGGGCGCCGUCACGUGGCCGUACAACCUCCAGUCCGCCCAGGUCGCCCCAGCGGAGCGGCGGCGGCGGCGCAGCCGCCGCCGCCGGUGCUGCUACCUCCGGCGGCGGCGGCAAUGCCGGCGGCAACGCCGUCUCCGGCGCCAAUGGUGGCUGUCGUCGCAGCGUCUGCGGCGGCCGCCGAGCUGCUUCCUGGCAAGAUCUGGGCAGCCAACGCGCCGCGGAGCAAUACGCCGCCAGCCUGCCGCUGGGGCUGCUCAGCGUGUCCUUCUCCACGGCGGGGCUCAGUCGCGUGCCGCCGCUGCAGCGGUUGCUGUACCUGGAGUCGUUGGCGCUGUCGUACAACCGCCUCGUGGGGCUGGCUUCGGAGCAGCUCAUGGGCCUCAGCCCGAACCUAAAGGUGCUGACGCUGGUGUCCGCGGACCUGGACGAGCUCCCCCCGGACUUCGGUUCGCUGCUGCCGGGGCUCAAGGAGCUCAACCUGUGCAGCAACCGCCUGACCCGCCUGCCCGCCAGUCUGGGCUGCAUGACGCGGUUGCACUCGCUGUCUGCGGCGCACAACCAGCUGGCCGCCCUGCCCGACUGCCUGUGGAGCAUGACUUGCCUGCAGCACCUGCUGCUGCCGCACAACCGACUGACCUGCCUGGAAGAGGGGCUGGGACAGCUGAGGGAGCUGCAGACCCUAGACCUGGGCUUCAACCAGGUUGCCUGCCUGCCCGCCUCCACCACCAGUCUGGGCGGCUGCCUCACGCGCCUCUGCAUGCCGUACAACCAGCUGCAGGACCUUCCACCCGGUUUCAUGACCUCCAUGACGCGGCUGCAGGUGCUCAUACUGGACUUCAAUCCGCAGCUAGCGGCAUGUGCGCAGAUAGGAGGCGGGCGGGGGGGCGGCGCCGC